CUCUGUCUGAAUCUGAUGCGCCACAAGAGGAGGAAGAGACAGAAGGUGAGGAGGCGGGAGUGAGUUCUUGUGUGUUUGUGAUGAACACCUGGCAAGUUGUGGUGAAUUUCUCCGUUAUGACGCACUGACCUCUGUUGAUAGAUGGCAGAAGACAAACCAGAAAGGAAGACUUCAGGCAGGAACCCUCCUGGUGGCAGUGUUGCUGCUGCUGUAGCAGACACUGAUGGCAAGACAAAGGAAACAGUUCCUAGAGAGUCAGGAGGGGGAAUUGGAAAGAAUCGGCGCUUGGCUAGCAUCCGGUCACGCAUCUCCAUUGAGGAGCUGAAGAAUGUUUACAAGCGACAGGUGACUCUGUCUCAGGAUGACAGUGCUGAGCCUAUUUUUGAUCCUAUGGCCAAGGCACAGGAGAGCCUGAUGGUGGUGAGGGGCAAGACAGGUGUGGUAUACUGCCACCAAAUGACCAACCAUCUCUGCUUCUGGGACCCACAACAUAUGGAGAAACCUGAAAGGCUGCUUUGCAUACUUGACAGGUGUCAGGAGCUAGGAUUGCUGCAGGAGUGUGAGCGGCUGGAGUGUCGUGCUGCCAAAGAGGAGGAAGUGUUAAAUUUGCAUUCUCCAGCACAUUUUGGCCUCCUUCAAACCACUUCCAGUAUCACCGAUCAGGAAAAGCUGGAAGACCUCUCUUCACGCUUUGACUCUGUUUACUUCCAUCCAGGGACAUUUGAGAGUGCCCUUCUGGCAGCAGGUGGUACACUGGACCUGGUGGAUGCUGUGGCCUCAGGUAGACUUCAGAAUGGUUUUGCCAUAGUAAGACCCCCUGGCCAUCAUGCUAUGGAAUCUGAAUUCUGUGGGUAUUCCUUCAUCAACAAUGUGGCUCUGGCGACCCGCCAAGCACUAAACACCCACGGCCUCUCUCGUAUCCUGAUUGUUGACUGGGACGUGCACCAUGGCCAGGGGACGCAGCAGGCCUUUUAUUCAGAUCCCAGAGUGCUGUACUUCUCCAUUCACCGGUAUGAACAUGGCAGUUUCUGGCCAAAUCUUCGGGAAAGUAACUAUGAUUACAUUGGCCAAGGGAAUGGUAAAGGUUUCAACUUCAAUGUGCCACUCAACAGUAUUGGCAUGGCCAACCAAGACUUCUUGGCUAUCCUACACCAAGUGCUUCUCCCUGUUGCCUAUGAGUUCAGUCCAGAGUUGGUUAUAGUAUCAGCUGGGUUUGAUGCUGCCAUUGGAUGCCAUGAGUUUGGCCCAGAGCUAGUUAUAGUGUCUGGUGGGUUUGACUCAGCUGUUGGGGAUUCCAAGGGAGAGAUGGAGGUGUCCCCUGGGCUGUAUGCACACCUCACCUCCCACCUGAUGACUUUGGCCCAAGGCAAGGUGGCUGUUGUCUUGGAGGGAGGGUACUACCUACCAUCUUUGGCUGAGAGUGCAGCAAUGACCCUCAGUGCUCUGCUGGGUCACCCAUGUCCAUCUCUCAUGGAUCCCAUCAUACAGCCUUCAAAAAGCUUGCAGGAGACAUUGCUGAGUUUGGUGUAUGUUCAGCGGCCAUACUGGAAGUGUUUCCAGUAUCAGGGAUCCUUCAGUCUGGAGGAGGUUAGGGGAGACUCUGAUCCCAAAACCUUCACACCAAGCCUAUCCUUUAUGGGACUGACAAGUUGCCGACCUCUCAGGUUUCCUACCAGGGACAAUGUUGAGCCUCGGACACCUGAAGCUCUGCAGAGAAUUAAUGACAAAUUUCAGUGCCUACGACAAAAAGAAGGUGUGAGGGUGAGGUUUGAGCCAAGACUGUGCUUAGUGUAUGAUGAGGGGAUGGAGCUCCAUCAUAGCCUUACUGAAGGAGAACAUCCAGAACGGCCAGAACGCAUCCGUCGAGUGUGGGAAAUGCUGAGUCGAGUGGGAGUGGUGGAGCGAUGCCGUGUCCUGCAGUCACGGCGGGCCCAGCAUGAAGAAGUGGAGCUGGUGCACACUAAAGAACAUGUGGAGUUCAUGUAUAAACUGGAGUCCAUGGAUGAAGAAGAGCUCCAGAUCCUGCAAGAGAGCUACAAGUCUGUUUACCUUCAUCCAAAGACCAAUGACUGUGCUCUGCUUUCUGCUGGCUGUCUGCUGCAGGUAGUGGAGGAAGUGUGGCAAGGCAGGGCAAGGGCAGGUGUUGGGCUAAUACGACCACCCGGCCACCAUGCCGAGCCAGACCAGCCACAUGGCUUUUGCUUCUAUAACAAUGUAGCAGUAGCUGCCAGGCAUGCCAUUCACAACCUGGGAUGCCAGAGGGUACUGAUAGUUGACUGGGAUGUGCACCAUGGCAAUGGCAUCCAACAUGCUUUUGAAGAAGAACCACGAGUGCUGUAUGUGUCCCUUCAUCGCUAUGACCAUGGCCUUUUCUUUCCUUCCUCUGAGGAUGCCAACUUUGAUCGGGUGGGAAGAGGUCCCGGCGAGGGCUUCACCAUCAAUAUCCCCUGGAACAAGGUACAUAGAGGGGAAAGGAUGAUGAGUGGCAUGGGUGAUGCAGAAUAUAUGGCUGCCUUCACUCAGGUGAUAAUGCCUGUAGCCUACCAGUUUAAUCCUCAGUUGGUUCUGGUUGCUGCAGGUUUUGAUGCAGCUCGUGGAGAUCCUCUUGGAGGUUGCCGCACAAGUCCUGAAUGCUACGGUCAUAUGACAUCCUUGUUGGCUGGGUUAGCGGAGGGUCGAGUUGUGUUGGCACUUGAGGGAGGCUACAACCUUACCACUAUCAGCUACUGUAUGACACUGUGUGCCAAGGCUCUUCUUGGUGAUCCAAUGCCCCCUCUGGAAGCUCAGCUGGUGCCCAAUAAGAGUGCUGUUCAUACCAUAAAUGAGGUCAUCAGCGUCCACAGCAAAUAUUGGUCAGCGCUCUGCUUUCAGGUUGAGCUUCCAUUGCAAGAUGUGUUGCAGCAGGGAUGUGGUGGUGGCCCUCAAGGAGUGGACUCUGGUGUGUCAGGAUCAGAGGCCUCUCUUUCUCCCUCCCCAAUCUCGAUUCCUUCCCCUGUUAAAUCUCGUGAUUCAUCUCCCUCCACCACUACCACUACCUCCCCCUAUGUCUCAGCUCCCUCCUCUCCUGCCAAGCCAAUCUUUAUGGAGUGUGAAGUAAAGACCAAUGAUGUCCAGGAGUGUUUGUCAGACAGUAAGGAGACAGCUUCCUCAGUAGGGGCAAGGCCUCGUACCCAGCAGCCAAAGAAGACACCUAACAGGACACCCCAUAAACCCAGGCAAGCAUCAAACCGAUCUGUUGAUAGACAGAGAAGUACCCCUAAAAAACAUGGCAAGGUUGCUGCAGCCAUGCAAGCAGCAAUAGCCAGCCAGAGCUUAGUGAAAGGCCCCACAGGUGUUGUUUGUGUUGAGAGGGACAAAGGAGGUAGUCUUGCAGAGACUAUAGUUAACCAAUGUCAGGCACUUGAUCUGUGGCAGGCAUGCAAUGUUCUGUCAUCCCAACCAGCUAUGAAGGCAGAAGUCUUUCCAGAGAAGAUACUACAACAUCUCUGCUCCGCCAAUGUAGUGAAUGGACUCCGUGGGGAGCGCACAGGGGAUGCUUCAUUGCAGAUUGCUGGAAGUGUGGCAAAGCUUCUGCAGGAAAUUCUAGAUGGUAAAUUUCAGAAUGGCAUGGCCUUAACGGAGGCUAUGGAUGGCCUGCACAGUGGUGUGGCCUUGGCAGUGCACUCAGUGCUGAGUAUCCAUAGCAAAGCUCGGAUGGUGGUUGUGGACUUUGGCAACUGUGUUGAGCCAGAAAUACUAGAUCAUUUGUUCUCACAUGAACCACGAGUUCUGGUACUUUCUGUGCGUCAGUGCCAGUAUGCCUCAGGAUCCACUUCUAGAAAUAAAGGAAGAUAUAGUAAUGUUCUAAGUGUAGAUAUAAACUGCAAUAUAGCAGAAAGUAGCCAUGAUUACCUAACAUUAGUUCAUCAGUUGCUUCUGCCUGUGAUUUAUGAGUUUGGGCCACAGAUGGUGGUAAUGACAGCAGCAUGUGAGUGGAACAUCUACCCUGCAUUCCUACCAAACAUGGCUGGACUGUUUUUGCCUGUGACAAGUGAUCGAUUGGUGAUGGCUGUGGAAAUAGACCAACAGCGCAGUAUAGUUGUUAAUGAGGGUAUAGUAGGUGCUCUCAGCACCCUCUUAGGCAGGCCAUACCAUCCAAAAAUGUCACAAUCUGAAAGCCUUAGGCCAGAGGUGUGCCAGACUAUACUAGAGGUGAUGAAGGCCCAGCAAGGCAAUUGGAAGAGCCUGAGAUACCAUGCCCUGGCGUCACUUGUGACAUCCUCCACUGGAAAGCAAGAAUCAUUACUACCGAGUCAUCUUCAGCAGCAGACCAUCAAGCCGCAGGAAGAUGCUUUGCUGAAACCCAAAGAGCUAGAGUGUUUCAAGGAGGGGCAGUCUGUGUGUCUUGUGUACAGUGAAGCCAUGAAGGAACAUCUUAAUUAUGCAGACUCCACACAUCCAGAGUGUCCAGAUAGGAUCAGCUGUAUCUUUGAGCAGCUGUGUAACUUUGGCAUUGUUGAACGCUGCCAGCGUCUUAAGGCAAGGGAAGCCACUUUGCAGGAGUUGGAGAGGGUACAUUCCAGCAGACACAUUAAAUUUAUGUCUGGUCUGCAAGCCCUAAAACCUUCUGAGCUGCACCACUUAGAAAACUCCUUUGAUUCCAUCUACCUGCAUCGCCGAACCAACCGUUGUGCUCUCCUGGCUGCUGGGUCUAUCCUUACAGCCGUGGAUUGUGUGAUGUCAGGCAGCUGUCAGCAUGGUGUAGCUGUAGUGCGUCCACCAGGCCACCAUGCAGAGAGGAACAACCCGUGUGGCUUCUGUUUCUACAACAGUGUGGGUGUGGCUGCUCAGCAUGCAGUUACUAGCCAUCACUUACAAAGAGUGCUGGUCUUGGAUUGGGAUGUGCACCAUGGCAAUGGGACACAGCACAUGUUUGAGUCAGACCCACGAGUGCUGUACAUAUCAAUUCAUCGCUAUGACAAUGGGAGGUUCUUUCCUGGGAGUGCCGAUGCCAACUACAACCGAGUUGGGCUGAAGAAAGGGAAAGGCUUCAAUAUCAAUAUUCCUUGGAACAAGGGCGGGAUGGGGGAUGCAGAAUACCUGGCUGCCUUCCUAGAGGUGGUGCUUCCUGUGGCCACUGAGUUUAAUCCUCAGCUGGUGUUGAUCUCGGCUGGGUUUGAUGCAGCAGUUGGUGAUCCCCUUGGCGGAUGCAAUGUUACCCCUGAGUGUUAUGGCCACAUGACCAAGUUCCUAACAUGUGUAGGAGAUGGAAGGGUGAUUGUGGCCUUGGAAGGAGGGUACAACCUGACCUCCAUUAGUUACUGCAUGACCUUGUGUGCUAAGGCCCUCCUGGGUGAUCCCUUGCCUUGCCUCUCUGGCAACCUUACCCCUUGUCAGAGUGCAGUGGACAGCCUCAUCAAUGUGGUUGGUGCUCACUGCAAGUUUUGGUCUAGCCUCAACUUAAAGGGUAAGAUGGUGGAGUCCCCUAGGAAACAAGCCUCUUCCAUAUCAACCCAGAGACCUAUUUCUUCCCCCACCAGCUCUCAAGCUGUUGAUGAGUUAGCAGCCAGUCUGAGUCAAGUGAGCAUGGCAGAGGCCACCCCAAGGAAAAUCCAAACUGAGGAGAAGAAAGAGGAGGCCCCUGGUGGGGAGCUAGAGGGAGCCUGUGGUGGUGGCCAUGAGGACAGUGCUACAACCCUUAUACUGUCUGACUGCUUAGGAGCACAAGAACUAUAUGCUGUGGUACCAGUAUCCUGGUGCCCCCACUUAGAGGAGGUGCAACCAGUGCCUGAUGGCACACUCAACACCAGCAGUGCCUGUGAGGAAUGCUAUGACACUUCUGAAAACUGGUGUUGUCUCACCUGUUAUAAGGUGUUGUGUGGGAGGUUUGUAUCUGAACACAUGUUGAUGCACGGGGUGUGUGAAGAGCACCACAUGGUGCUGAGCUUCAGUGAUCUAUCCAUCUGGUGCUACGCUUGUGAUAGUUACGUCCACAAUCCCGUGUUGUUUGAAGCCAAGAGAGCUGCUCAUUUAGAUAAGUUUGGCUUGGAGCCUCCAGAAUGUUCUUGAAGACUGUUACUGCUGCUAUUGCUGCUGCUGCUUCUGCUGCCACCUUUGCAUCAUUAAGUCUGAUGCACUGCUAGUCUAACGGACAACUCACUAGGGUGUGAGCAGCCAUGCCUUACAGACCACUCCUAAGUGGUGGUAUUCAUUUUAACAGUUUCUUGUGAUAACAUACCAAAGUUGUGCUUCAAGCUUACCAAAAUUGAAUAUGGCUAUGUAAUUUAUUUUUGUAUACUAAAUGCAUCUAAAUGGUUAUUACAUUAGAAUACGCCGCAAACAGCAUACUUGUGUAUCACAUAUCUCAGGUUUUUUGACUAGUAUACUUGAUACAUAUACUUAGCAGAUUUGUCUUUUAGGAACUUUGUUUUAUGUAUGAUAGAAUAUUUAUAAUAGAAAUAAUUAUUUCUAAUUUUUAUUGCAGUUUUAAACUUUAACCAAAUGAAAACAAUUGCUUGAAAUUUUUUAAUAGUGUUUCGACUUGAGUAACAAGUGUAAAUAACAAAGAUGUGAUUUACUCUUAAAAUUUUAUCUUAAUUCCAGUGGCAACAAGAAAUUUAACAUUAGAUAUGAUCCCAGCACAUGUAUAUUCUGAAAACUAGAUGUGGCUCAGAUAGCAACCAGCUUUGUGUAUCAGACUGCAAGUCCCUGACCACAGGCCUAGCAUUAUUGUAUUGGAUCUUGACCAUACAAGACUUUUUUUUUUCUCGGUAAGGCCUAUAGCGCCUGUAGGCACACUUGAAGAGUGUAUGGGAACCGCUGUUCAGCUUCUGCCCAUUAGUGGCGCAGGCAAUUUUAUUUAUAGUGGUACCCAUAUUAGGGCCCAUAUCACUGCCCAAGCUCAUCUUGAGUGUAACCACCUAGAACCUGGGUAUCAUGGUGAUAUGUAGGUAACUUUAAACCACUCGACAAAUGGCAAAGUGUUUUAAGGCUGUACGUGGUGGGAUUCGAACCUACGCGUGGACGUCUGCCCGAUCCCACGCUCACCACCUUAUCCACUAUGCCACCGCCUCCCUAGUCAGAUGAGAAUGUGCAAUAAGGCUCGUUAUAACUGUAGCAUGGGAACCACGAGGUGUCACCAAUAUCCAGCUCACCACUUUCCAAGUUACCAAUUACCCAUAUAUUCUCUUGUGGGGUUCACACUUUUGGGCAUUGUAACAGAAGAUUAGAUGUCUACAUUUCAAUUUUUUUUUUUUUUUUUUUCUUUUCCCUCCAGAAGGUUAGCUAAGCUGCUACAGUAGAUUCUGCUAUGCUGGUAACAACAGCAUGGAAUUAUGCAGCUGCAGUGCAAUGUUAUGCAAAUGAUGUUAGGGAUUAUGCAUAAGUGAUCAUUAAGUUAUUGUACAGCUUUCAUAUGUAUCCCUUAUAAGAAUUAUAGCAGUAAAAUUAUAGCUUACCAUCAUUACAUUGUAAAUGUAAUUCUGACUAACAUAUUUUGUAUAAUACAUAUAUCUAAAGCUG